UGUGAGACGCGAGCGGCUUGACGUUACCUCCCCUUGCGUUAAAAAAAGAUUGAAGAUUGAAGAUGGCGACCAGCUCGGAGCGCAGUCCGCCACCUUUUCCCGACUCCGAGGACCAAGAUGUGCUGGACUCGGAGGACGUCGUGGGCCGAGACAGUGAUGAAGAUGAUGGGGACGACCUGUUCGUCAGUGCAAGCAGCCCUCCAGUGACUGAAAUGGACACCACUCCAUCACCGACCAGUCCGCCCAGUGACCUUUUAACAACACCCACAGAAAUCAUAAGUGACCCCCUGUUUGAGCCAGCCGGCAGCCAAACAGAAAAGAAAUCGGUGGCUGAUGUCAUCAGUGAACCUUUGGAUGAUUUUGUCGACUUAACAAACAACAUAAUGAAACCGGCUGCAGAUACAAUCACACCUGAGGCAAAGGACACAGCUUUCUUCUCUAUAGAUGAACCCUCAGAUGACUUUGUUGACAUACUGGGAAGUGAAACUGAAGCUGUACAAGAGGAAGUGGUCGUAAUGGAUGUUACUGCUAAAGCAGCUGCAGAAGAGGAAAGUGAAAUGACAGGAAGUGUUACAGAUCCACCUGGAGAUGAAGACAAUGAAGCAAGUACCGCAACGGUAAUGGACAUCAAUUGUGACACCAAACAAUUGUCUUCAGUAGAUAAAACUGCUGACCCUCUGGUUGACAUCCUAAGUGAUGAUCCACUGACAACGGAAGCCAAAAAAACAGCAACAAUUGAUUUGUUUGACGAUGAGGGAAGUGACCUGUUUGGGGAGCCUCGGCAGACCAAGUCAGGCAAACAACCACAGAAAAGUCUCUUUGGUGAUCCAGACGAGGAUCUGUUUGGGGAGCCGUUGGGCGCCACCUCAAAGAAAAGCAUCAGCAAAGAGCAGAAGGUCACGUCUGACCCAGUUAAAGCCGCUGGAGGUGACGCUUUCAAUACAGCUAAGCCUUUACAAGAACCUGCUGAUAUCUUCAGUGAAGAAUGCGUCAUCACAGCGCCCGCCAAGAGCAACAUCAGCACUGUCAACUCUGGGACCAACGGAAUCCUAACAGAAGAGGAACCGGACAUCUUUGCUGCAGAAGCCACAGUGGAACUUUCCCUCGACAGUCCACGGAAUGAGCGGAAGAAGGAAGCGGCAGCUAAACCGUCUGUUUCCACCCCCUCACUGUCAGUCGCUGCCAGCAUGGCCAAAAAACAGCCUGCUGCCCUUGAGGAGCUGGAGGAAGAGGAGGAAGAAGAAGAUAAAUUUGAUGUCCUUGUCUCUGUCAAAGAUCCAGAAAAAAUAGGUGAUGGAAUGAAUGCUUACAUGGCCUACAAAGUUUCCACUGAGACCACACUGCCAAUGUUCCGCAGCAAAACCUUCACAGUGAGGCGGCGCUACAGCGACUUCCUCGGCCUCUACGAGAAGCUCUCUGAAAAACAUGGACCAAAUGGAUACAUUGUGCCCCCACCUCCAGAGAAAAGCCUCCGGGGUAUGACAAAGGUCAAGGUCGGGAAGGAAGAUUCCUCAUCUACAGACUUUGUUGAGAGAAGGAGGGGCGCCCUGGAGAGGUAUAUCCAGAGGAUAGUCAGCCACCCAUCGCUUCUCCAAGACCCAGAUGUUAGAGAGUUUCUGGAGAGAGAAGAACUGCCCAGAGCAGUGAGCACUCAGGCUCUGAGCAGUGCUGGAUUCUUUAAAAUGAUUAACAAAGCAACAGACGCUGUCAGUAAAAUGACCAUUAAGAUGAACGAGUCAGAUGCUUGGUUUGAGGAGAAACUGCAGGAGGUGGAGUCUUCAGACCAACAGUUCAGGAAGCUCCACACUCUGGUGGAGUCUCUGGUUGUGCACAGAAAAGAGUUGUCCUCCAACACGGCCAGCUUUGCCAAGAGUACGGCCAUGCUGGGCAGUGCAGAGGACAACACUGCUCUGUCCAGAGCUCUGUCACAGUUGGCAGAGCUGGAGGAUAAAAUGGAGCAGUUACAUCAAGACCAGGCUACAAACGACACCUUCUGCUUCUCUGAGCUCAUUGCUGAUUUCAUCCGUCUGCUGGGAGCUGUGAGGAGUUCGUUUGAUCAACGGAUGAAGGCGUGGCAGCGUUGGCAGGACGCUCAGGCCAUGCUGCAGAAGAAAAGAGAAACCGAGGCCAAACUUCUGUGGGCGAACAAGCCUGACAAACUACAGCUGGCUAAAGAGGAGAUCGCCGAGUGGGAGGCCAAAGUGACGCAGUAUGAGAGGGACUUUGAAAGAGUUUCUGCCACCGUUCGCAAAGAAGUGCUUCGCUUUGAGAAAGAAAAAGCCAAGAAUUUGAAAAGACACAUCAUCAAAUACUUGGAGUCACAACUUCGGUCUCAACAGCAGUUGAUAAAAUACUGGGAAGCUUUCUUGCCAGAAGCAAAAGCAAUUGCCUAAUAAGGCAGCACCAGCCCCGAGGGUGUGACAACAGGCUGCUUAUUGUUUUUUUCUUAUACACUUUACCUCUCUUUGCCUUUAAACCAAUGAAAAUCAUGUGCAUUGAAAAAGGGAGAUACAAUCAGCCAGUUUUUUUAAUCAUCUUUAACACCAUAGCUGUGUAUUCUAUUAUAUGAAUAAUUGUAUAUUUUCCUUUCACAAAUAUUUUCCUAUGAGAUGAACGAGCGUCUGCUUAUAUACAUGGACACGAGUGAAUGGGGAGAUGAAGUCGUGGGACGAUUCCACUGAUUUUGAAUAUGAACAGAGUGUGAACUCCUUCACGUCAGCAGAGGUUAAUGGUUUACAGCGUGGCUGCUCUGUCAUCACAUAUUUCUGUCGCAGGGACCUCGAUGAAGAAAGUGGCCAAUAUGUUUCACCUUUUUUUUCUCUCUUUUUUUUCAUGGCUCAAAGGGAAAAUCUAAAUGAUCAAAUAUAAUCUCAGCACUUCUGUCGUUUUUCUUAAAAAAUUUAAAAUGCUGUCUGUGAGAAGGGGUUGUGUGUUAGCAUGCAGCUAUGCAGGGUUACGUUGUGCUAUAGAAGAGGGUUACAGGUAAAAAGUUUAAGAUGUGAUUACAAAAAGUGCUAAAUUGACUUUUCUAACUACACAUGUCUGUGCCUUUUUAAAAGCCUUAAUGGCGUUUUGUCUCCAGACGCCAGAGUAAAUCUAGUUUGGGAGAAAGUGGUACAGUUUUUACCCCCCCACCACCACCAUCACAAUAGCCAUAAUGUGUGUCAAUGCUGGGGUUACAUUACAUUACAAUUGCAUCGGUUUACUAAAAGUGACAUUCUUUUUUUGUCUUUCAUUACAAGUGGGGUUUUUUUUGUGUUUUUUUUUUUACUUUAUGAUAAGAUGUACUUCACAACCUGCUGUAAAUGUCAGUAAUCAACAAAGUCUGAGUCAGACGUUUGGUGAACAACUGACACCAGACAAUGAUGUGCAACUACACUCUAAGUCCUGUCAUUAAAAGAAUGGAGGCUAAAGCCCUGGAAACUUCAUAUUAACAGUCUAUGGUUGAGACAUGAGGUUCGGGCUGAAUAAGCCCUCACAUGGAGAUUUAUUUUCUAAAAAAAAAAAUGACUGAAAUUGUUUUGUUUUGGCUGGAAGCCCUAAACUUGUAUUUGAGUUUGUUUACUGAGCAAAUCCACAGGACACCUUUAAUUGACACCAAAAUUAAACAUCUCUGCACUUUU